CCCAGAAGGCCCGCACUCAUGCUGCAGCCUUGAGCCUGCCUGGUCCUCCUCCUCUCCUCACCGGCUCCCUCUUGUUGACCCGGCAGCCGCGUGGAGCUGCUGGCCAUGCCACUGAAAUAUUAUCUCCUUUUGCUGGUGGGCUGCCAGGCCUGGGCUGCAGGCUUGGCUUACUAUGGCUGCCCUAGUGAGUGUACCUGUUCCCGGGCCUCCCAGGUAGAGUGUACAGGAGCCCAAAUUGUGGCAGUGCCCACCCCUCUGCCUUGGAAUGCUAUGAGCCUGCAGAUCCUCAACACACACAUCACUGAGAUCACGGGGGCCUCGUUUCUCAACAUCUCAGCACUCAUUGCCCUGAGGAUGGAGAAGAACGAACUGUCGAACAUCAUGCCGGGUGCCUUCAGCAACCUGGGCUCACUGCGCUAUCUCAGUCUUGCCAACAACAAAAUCCAGAUACUGCCUCCUGGCCUCUUUCGGGGCCUAGACAAUCUGGAAUCCCUCCUUCUGUCCAAUAACCAACUGGCUCAGAUCCAGCCAGCCCAGUUCACCCAGUUUAGUAAUCUUAAGGAACUCCAGUUGCAUGGCAACAAUCUGGAAUACAUCCCUGAAAGUGCCUUUGACCACCUGGUGGGACUCACCAAGCUCAACCUGGGCAAGAACUGCUUCACCCACCUGUCCCCUAGAGUCUUCCAGCAUCUUGGCAACCUCCAAGUGCUCCGUCUGUAUGAGAACAGGCUUUCAGAGAUUCCCAUGGGCACUUUUGAUGCACUGGGCAACCUCCAGGAGCUGGCCCUCCAGGAGAACCAGAUUGGCGCACUGUCCCCUGGCCUGUUCCACAAUAACCGCAACCUCCAGAGGCUGUAUCUGUCCAACAACCACAUCUCACAGCUACCCCCUGGCAUCUUCAUGCAGCUGCCCCAGCUUAACAGGCUCACACUCUUUGGCAAUUCCCUGAAGGAGCUCUCCCCGGGGAUCUUUGGGCCCAUGCCCAACCUGCGGGAGCUUUGGCUCUACAACAACCACAUCACAUCUAUCCCGGACAACACCUUCAUCAACCUGCCCCAGUUGCAGGUUCUGAUUCUCAGUCACAACCAACUCAACUCCAUCUCCCCAGGAGCUUUCAAUGGCUUGACAAAUCUUCGGGAGCUGUCCCUCCAUACCAAUGCUCUACAGGACCUGGAUGGAAAUGUUUUCCGAGCACUGGCCAACCUGCAGAACAUCUCCCUCCAAAAUAACCGUCUCCAAAGGCUCCCCGGCAGCAUCUUUGCCAAUGUCAACGGCCUCACCACCAUCCAGCUACAGAAUAACAAUCUGGAGAACUUGCCCUUGGGCAUCUUCGAUCACUUGGUGAACCUGUGUGAGCUCCGUCUCUAUGACAACCCCUGGAGGUGUGACUCAGGUAUCCUCCCACUCCAUAAUUGGCUCGUUCUCAACAGAGCCAGGUUGGGAACAGAUACUCUUCCAGUGUGUUCCAGCCCAGCCAAUGUCCGAGGCCAGUCUCUUGUCAUCAUCAAUAUCAAUCUCCCUGUGCCCAGUGGCCAGGCUCCCGAAGUAUCUAGCUACCCGGAAGUGCCACGUUAUGCAGACCCUGAUCUAGCAGGGUCACCCAGCUAUCCUGACACCACAUCCAUUACCUCUACCACAGAGAUCACCACUGCCAUAGAAGACUACACCGAUCUGACCACCAUUGAAGCCACUGAUGACCGCAAUUCGUGGGGCAUGACUGAUGCCCAGACUGGGCUGGCCAUUGCUGCCAUUGUGAUUGGCAUCAUUGCUUUGGCAUGUUCCCUGGCUGCUUGCAUCUGCUGCUGCUGCUGCAAGAAGAGGAGCCAGGCGGUCCUGAUGCAGAUGAAGGCUCCCAAUGAGUGUUAGGGAGGCAGGCUCAAGCAGGGCUGGGCAAAGAUGAAACCAGAGGACCAGAGCAUGUGAUCAUUCAGCUUCCAAACCUGGGCCCACACUGCCAAGCUCUGAUGGUCCAGGGGAAAAUGCCCCCAUCUUGUCCUGAGCCCCCAGGUCUUCUAUAGAGAAGCAGGCAUUUCAGGACUUCUGCUCCCAGAGACAUCUAAUUGGUCAUUAAACAAACAAGCAACUCCAGAAGGUUCUAGGUCAAUGCCUAGACAUCCUUCAGAGGGGCCCUCUGCCAAAUUCUUACUAUUUCCAAGAACAAGCUCCCUGCCACCCAGCCCCUCCCAGUCUCUGUAGACUUAAUGAUGACAAGGCCUGCUCACAUUAUGAGAUAGUUCUCUGCCGGGACAGCCCGUGCCUCAAAGUAUUAUAUAAGUUGAUUUCUUUUCUUUUCUUUUUUUUUUUUCUUGCUUCUCUUUUUGUGCCAUGGCUUAACUCUGCCCCUCAAGUGAGAGGUCUCCCUUUGUUUUUCUGCUGCCAAAGGCAGACUUAGGUUCUCUCUGUGAGAAGGUUGGCAGCUCUUAGCUCACUGUGCUAGCUUGGAGGGUGCUGUGCAAGACAGAAAGACACCCUUGCUGUCUGCUCCCCAGGCAGAGUUGUCAUCAGUCUCUGUUGUAACAAGUCCAGUCUUUGAGAGAAGAAUGUUCAAAGCCACAAGCUUUCCUUUGAAGAUCUUAGCCCUUUAUGGUAUAAAAUCAUGCAGUCACUAAGUUCUCAAAACAUGGAAAUCAGCUCAUUGAUAAUGGCUGAAGGAUGAAACCUGCUGCCUGGGGUCCUUUUACUCACCCCUACACUUUCCCUUUCUGAUUUCGUAUUGAAGGAUCACAUACAUAAAGAAAAGUGGGAGUGUGAUGGUGUACGGCCUGGUGAAUUCUCUCAAUCUGAAUAGAUACCUGUGUGAUGAGCAUGACACCAAGAAAUGAUACCACAGUGUCUCCAUUCUACUUGCUCUGAAGGACUUCUGGAGAUGCUGUGGACUUUCUAGCUUUCCAUGGGCUUGGGAGGGACACUCACAGCCUCCCCUUCCCCUUCAUUGGCAGCCUUUGCAAAGGCCCAGCUGUUGGGAGUAAAAGAGAUAGAGGUACACUCAGGGCAAGAGGCAACCAAGCUGGCCAGACCAGAAGCAUGUGAACUACAGUAGACUGUGCAAGCAUGCAUCUUCCCUGCCAACAGGCCCUAUGCUGCUCAUCAGCAUCCCCUCUACCCAUCCUUUUAUGGGUAUUAUAUGCCCAAAUCUGUUUCUAAUUUUUGUUCUUCAUUUGGGGAAAGCAAAAUAGCUCAGAGAUGAGAUCUUCCAAUUGAAUAACCAACUGUAAUGGAAACCAGGAAUCCUUCUGCACUGUGGUCAAAUUCUUCAUCCACAUUAGUUAGUCAGCUGGUAGCUAGACUACAGGGUGUUCACAGACAGCAGAUAUCAGGACAUGCUGGAAAGUCACACCAGGGCAUGGGUUCGCUCUGGAAAACUUUCUGUCUGGGUUCUGGUUAUGAGCUGAAUUGGUUAGUUUAGAGUUUUCUCUUUAAGUGACAGUCACAAUACAUCUGCCUUGACUGCGUUUCCUGCUACACAUGUAUCUCUUUCCACACUUUAAACAGUUGUGAUCAAGGUGACAUAGCUCUCUCUGGACAACUGAUAUACCUGCACAGAAGCAAAAGCAGACAAACGACGGAACACAGUGGGGCACACCCUGAAUCCCAGCACUGCGGGGCAGAGGCAGGCAGAUCUCUGAGUUCAAGGUCAGCCUGGUCUACAGAGUGAGUUCCAGGACAUCCAGGGCUAUGUAGAAAGAGCCUCCCUCAAAAACAAAAUAGUGAAACAGAGAAUGUCAGGUUUUUCUAUCAACUCCAGCUGACCACAGGGAUCAGGAAAUAUAUUUCCAACCUGCAGUGGUGCUUAUGGGGCAAAUGAGAAAACCCUCUGUGUCUUAGCAAUAGAGAGCUUACAGGAGCUCCAGGCCUCCCUUCCAGUUCCCUGGCAGAAUAAUCCAGAAGGAAUUCUUGUGAGAGCCAACACCCUCUGCCCCAGGGAACCCCAUGUCAGUCAAAAGAUAUCUCCGCAGGGCAAACCGUGGUACACAUGGACCAAGGCUGUCCCCAACCCCAGAGUGAAUGUGAGCGUGGUUCUGCUGACUGGGACCUGCUGGUGGGCCCUGAGGCAGGGCUGGGCCUGAUUCAUUGCAGAUGGAAGCUUGGCAUAGCACUGUGUUCCCAGAACCAUCUGAAGCCCUGUGUGAGCUAUAUGCAGCCUCAGUGGGCUAGGGAUGGAGGAAGGUGGAAUCCACACUAUCCAGUGUCCCCUGCCAGUUAUAACCUGGAACUGCUGGCCACUUCUGACAUUGGCAGUGACAGUCAUAUGCCUUGCUGGCCCAAAGGCUGGCCUGCCUAGGAGCUCACAGGUAGUGAGCUAAGUGCACAAGUGCAGGUGACAUGGGAAUCUUUUCCUUUCUCCCCACUAUAGUGUCUAGAUGGAGUCGUCAGACCUGCUCCUUAUUUUGGUUUCUCCACAUCUUCUAGUCGUAGAUGCGGGAAACACUGCGUGGCGGGUCCUUUCUAACAGGAUAAUGCAUUUUGCUCAAUUCUUGGGGGUUGGAAUAAACUCUGUGGCCCCUAGAAAUCUGUGGAGUUCAGUACACUUUCCCUCUCUGUUUACUGGUUUCUGGACUACCAUCACCAGCAUUUAUGUGGAGUGGGGAGAAGGUCGAUGCUGAAAGAGAGCUAAUAAAGGCCACCUAGAGUCACCACGAUAACAGAUGUUCAGGCCUGGGUGCCCUUCAAGGCUCUUAACAUGUAUUCUCCUUCUAACCCUCUUGACUCCUUGUGAAAUUAGUCCCAUUAGUAUCCUCUUGUGUUAGGGCCUUUUCUGCAGUGCCCAAUAGACAAUCUCUGUACAAAGCCUCCUGGUCUGUCUAGGGCUUUUGUCACGAGACCCAAGGAAACAGACUGUACACAAACAGCUAGGGUCUUGCAGCUUCUCCCUGGCAGCCACACAGUUCCCAUGGGCUUCCUGAUGGCAGAAUGGAACUCUGGAAUCCGCUUCCAGUCUUGGGAAGGACAUGGAAAGAGGGCCUAUAACCCCAGUCAGGAAGCAGGCCUUGUGUGUGUCCCAGACUUAGCUACAAGCUACUCCAAGGUUCAGCCCCAGACCCCAUGGUCAGAACCAGAUCUGGCCAUUGAAUGACGAUGAUCUCAGGAAGGAAGCCACUAGUGUGGUCAAACAGAGAGCAGCAGGAUGUCUCUGGGUGAAGCACCACCCAGUUCCAAGACCCUUCCUCUAAGGAGAAAGAGUUAUUGCCUCCCAUUGCCUUUGCUCUGCUAGAAUGCUUGCCUUACUAGAUGGUCUUUAAAAUAGUCCCAGUGGCUAGCAUUGCAUUUAGAGAUUUCUAGGCCCCUGGUGUUUUAUAGAAUGUGAGCCCUGGUGGGCAGGGUUGGGGGGGGUCUGUCUUUUGCUUGAUGCUGCUUAUGAUAGAUUUGGUGCACAGAAUCAACAAUAAACAUAU